UGAUACGGGACUACAAAAGCUUCAUUCCCAUGCCCAAUUCUCCGGUCAAAUAACUGCUCAAUUACCUUCUCAAUCUCUCACAUCACAUGUUAUGUAUCACAACCCUAAACAGCAGGCAAAUCUUCAAUCAUCCCAUCUAACCCCCAAAACCCCUUUCAUCAGCGCAAUUUUCCUUCAUCUUGGCAAGUUAAUUUCAAUCCAAAUGGCUUUGGCUUACAACAUUACAGCACAAAACCUUCUUUCUAAACCACCCAAUGUUAUGAAGAUGAAGCUGAUGAGCUCAAACACCAAUCAGGGAAAGCCACACACAGCUCAAAUCAUUGUAGAGAAGAGAUGCUUGAGGUGCAACACUCUCUACCAAGACAAAGAUAACUCUCCAACUGCUUGCUCUUUCCAUGGCCACACAACUGGGGAGAAGGGAUUAUUCGCAUUUGUGCCACCUCAUCAAGGGAUUGACGGAGAGUGGAGUGAUGGAUCUGGAGUGAUUGUUUACAAAUGGAACGAGAAGAAUAAUAGACCAAACACUGGAAGUGUCAACUGGAAAAAGAGAUGGAGCUGUUGCGCCGAGUAUGGUGAGAAUGCUCCACCUUGUAGGCAAGGAUGGCAUGUCUCAUAUGAUGAUGGUUUCACUAUGUAUUAGCCACAUUUGGAUCAUAUGUAUCACCAUAUUACUAAUUCAGAAGAUAUCAAUACAACAAAUGAGAUUAUCUACCCAGACAUUGUAUAGAGUAAGGGUAUGUUUGGAUUACACAACCGUUGGAAGAAUGGGAAUGUUGUUACUAGUAAUGAGAUUUCUGGUAAUGUGUUAAUGCUAUUCAACCGUUUGGAUUCCUACUUA